AUGUCGGCAGCAAGAGAAAUUCAUGCAAAUCGCGGGGAGAGCACCUCGCCCGGUCUGUCAUCUCCACCCUCGCCCAAUUCGCCAACACGGCAAACGGCAACACCAACACACUCUCAUAUUAAUGCUGCCUCGUUGCCCCCAAAUGUUCAGAUUGAAGGAAAUGAUGGAGGAGGAUUGAAAUCGGCAAAAUCCAUCGGCGCUAAAACUGCAGUUGCCCCUCUAAGGAAACCUCGCAAAAAGAGAGACCCUGAGAGCAAACCGGCAAGCGGCAACAACAAUAACAGCAACAGCAACAGCAACAGCAACAGCAACAACAACAACAAUGAAAAUGCAUCCACUGCCACUGAUGGUCAAGAACAAAUACCCAAAAAAACUCGUGCUGCCAGAGGUACUUCGGAACACUUCAAAAGAAGGCAACAGAAGCAGCUUGAGCAAAACCAGAGCGCAAGAGAAGCUGAGGCGCUGCAAGUCUCCCGCCAACUCAAAAUCACUGAGUCUCUUCCCCCCAGAUCCCCGCUCCCGCCAACAAAUAUUGGUGUUCCUGCUAUCCACCCCGCACACCAAAACGGAAAUAGUGAAGCUAUUCCCACAACCCAGAUUCAUUCUCACCAAAAUAUCCUGCCCACUACACGACCAGCGAGUGGCCAAAAUUACGAUCCAAUCAGAUCUUCUACUGUAGCGCCUCGCCCAAGCUCUCCAUUGGUAACAACACCUACGCCCCAGAGGCCUUACAAAUUUCCCAGCGCGAGUGCCUCGCCCUCCAUACAUAGUAUGAUCGAGCAAACAAGUACACCGCCUUUGUACUCGUACCCUCAGCCACCAAAACGCGAAAAUGACACCAGAGCAUCAUCGCCGCCUGAGCCAAAGCGACCGCGCUUAUCUCCACCUUUGCCUGUCACCACCCAACAGCCCGCCGGCCCUUCACCAAGAGAUACUGUCCCUGCAAUAUCGAAUACAUCAACUUCUAACACAAUCAUCGUAAUGGACAUCGACACAGAUGAGCCUAGCGCACCUGUCAACAAGACCAGCACCAACAUCAAGAAGCCAAGCCCGAAUGCAAACACCGCUGUCUCAUCUUCAUCCCAUUCACCCAAACCGGCUCGUCCCAAAGAGACCCAGGUUGCUAUCUCCUCAGGCAGCGGUCUUCUAUCUGGCUCAAUCUUCGGCGGUGGCAUUGACAGUACCGGACCAGAGAAGACUGCGCCAACAGUCGUUCUUAAUGUGCCUCUCACUGGCGAAAAUCAAUACGUCAAUUUCACUCGCUUGGCCGAAGAACGAUACGGCUUCAACGCGCUGCAUCCCCGCCUGGCAGCGCAGCGCGAACGACUUGCUCGAGUUGCUGCAGCGGGCGCUGCUCUCGAGAACGCCAAUAAGAGUGGUGGUAACUCCGGCUCGGGCGACGAAAUGUCUGUCGAUCUCUCCGACGGGGAAGCUGACAAUAGCAAUGUCGAAAUGGGAGGAGUGAAUGAUGGCGAGAGGAUCCAGAAAUCUGGGGAGGAGACUGGUGAAGGCGGUGUGGUGAAGAAGCCGAGGAAGAGGACGAUGAAGGAAGACAUGUACGACAAGGAAGAUGACUUCAUCGACGACACGGAGAUGAUUUGGGAGGAGCAAGCUGCUGCUAGUAAGGACGGAUUCUUCGUGUAUAGUGGUCCUUUGGUUCCUCCGGGACAAGAGCCUCAGGUUGAGAGGGCCGAUGGCCCACCAAAACGUGGUCGCGGUACUGGACGUGGGCGAGGAGGAGCUGCAAGAGGCGCUACGAGAGCAGCUGCGAACCCCAAAGACGGAGCGAAAGCGCCAGGGCGAAAGCCACGUGUUACCAAAGCGGCCAAAGAGCAAAUGGAGAGGGAGAAGGCUCAGAGAGAGAGCAGCCUGGCUGUCCUUGCAUCGAAGCCUGCGCUUACACUUGCUCCGGCUUGA